AUGAAGAUCCUCGAAGCCCAGUCAGCUGUGUUGACUAACGUCGAAGUUUACACAUUUUUAAGCAAUCAAGCAAAACAAUAUAAUGACCAAAAGCGCAAAGGACCUACAAAUUUAGAGACACUACGUAAAGAGGUGCUGCAAUAUUUUGAGAGCCCCCCAGGUCCUUUGAGUCAAAAGCCAUUGCCCUUUGAUGCAGCGGUCAUUCCCGAGUUGAUUAAAAGACUGCGCCAGUACCAGAUCACCAAAGGAGAGUGUAUCAUGCUCUUCAACAUUCGCCCCACUAACGUUCCAGUCCUAAAUACUGUUAUCGAGGAUAUGGAAGACCGCUUUAAUAGCGAUCAGCAACAGGAGAUCCUCGACAUAGUCACCGAAGUCCUCGGGCAGUUCCCCCAAGAGCUGGAAGAUGGUGAUCAGGGAGAGGGCGUUAUGGAGACUACUGAGAAUGGACACUCAUGA